AUGACAAGUCGGGAUGCGGAAAGACGGACGAUGGUAAUAGGCACAAGCUCAGCUUUUCGUGCCAAAAACCUACGCCGCCAUUUUGGUGAUGUGUUCCAGGAGUUUCUGCUGCUUCCGCCUGAUAUUGAUGAAAAAGCUUACCGUGCCAGUGACCCUUACACGUUGACAGAGCUUAUUGCACGAGCCAAGGUGCAGGCUGUCCUGGAGAAACUGAAGGACACACAGCCUCCUGUUACACACGGUGUCGUCGUUGCUUUCGAUCAGGUAGCAGUGAAAGACGGUGAGAUACGUGAGAAACCAGUCUCGGUGCAGGAGAACAAAGCGUUUCUUUCAUCAUACUCGGGUAGCAGCGUGCGUACGGUUGCCGCUUACGUUGUCUGUGCACUUGACACUGGAAAGAUUCUGGUGGAGCACCAGGAUACUGAGACUUUUUUCUCCCCGUUCGGCGAGGAUGUUGUAGACGCCAUCAUCGCUCGUGGGGCAAGCAUGAAUGCUGCUGGUGGGUUUGUGGUGGAGGAUGAGGAUCUGAGUCGCUAUGUGGUGCGUGUUGUGGGGACUUUUGAUGGUGUCUGCGGGAUGGACCCCGAUGUAAUGGCGCGAUUGUUGAAGCAGAUACAGUAG